GGUAGGUAGGCAUGGCCUUCGUAUUCCUCCUUACACCUCCAACAGCUCGCUAUGAAUUGCUCUCUUCACGCUUGGUCAGCUCUUCUCAAGCAACUGCACUUACCAUCAUGAGGCGGCCCGAGACUGCAGCCCAGAUGCCCCAGUACAACCGGUGAAACACAGCAUAUUCUUGGAGGUUUCUUCGGGACCAUAUGGGAGCUCCCUCCUCACAUAUUUGCUAACGGUCGAUCUCGCGACUGACUGCUCGUAGUGCCCUACGGACUUCAGAGAAGAGCUGGGAAAGCCCGGCACUAAUGCAGAGUCCUUCAGCCGCCCAUCGCCUGACCAAACCUCACAGCCAGCCCUGUCAUAAGAACGUCACCAGCUGCAAUGUCUACCAUAGUACUAGUAGCACAAAUGAAGCCCGAGCCACAAGAAGAGCAAUGACAGUAAUAUGGUACACAACGCUUCUACCAUUUUCGGUAGCCUUUUUACACUCAAGAGCACAUCACACAGCGAAGACGAGGAAGAAGCUCACCACAUGCGUGCAGCAGUGAGCUACACCAGUCCUACAAUAGCUCCGAGCACGAGGAUAGCUACUGUUCCUGAGCAAGCGAUGACCACCAUGGCCACAAUGACCGCAUUCCAGUACCUACCUAGGUACUCUUUAGACGAUAUGCAUAUCGCCGAGGCUCUUAUUUUCGUGAACCCUGCAAGCCUGCAAUGCCGAUCGAAUUUGGCGAGGUUGUACGAAUUGUCACAAACAAGGCCUGUCAAAAGGUGGCGAUGCUAGUAAUGGAAAGCAGCCGAUGCGUGGAUGCCUUUGGAUUCGAGAUCGCUCCAUGGUCAAUUCUACCAAAGUCGUCAUCAAGCAGCAUCCGUGGUCGAGCCCCUGGCCUACAUGGCUAAGUCAACGUCGACACUGGCAGUCAUUGUCGAGGGACACUUGUAACGAGUAGUUGCUGUCCAACGUCCGGUUCAACGUCUAAUCUUCGGCGAAUUCAAUGCUGGAAAUGCUCGCAGUAAUGGACAACUAGGCUAGACACUAGCAGCUGGAUUCGGGGCUUUUACUAUGGUACCAGAUUGACUCCAACUCAAAACAUAUCUCAGAGCAUCAUACACCCUGGACCAUGUCUUUUUAUAACGUUAUUGAUUGCCGUGGACGGAUACUUUUCGAAGAACACCCUCCAGUGGCUGGGAAGGCGGCUAGAUCAAAAUGACUCUUGCUGACUCUUGUUCUGGAUACUUUAACCGGGAUCAUGGUCGACAACUUCAAGUGGCCAGACUUCUUGUUUUUUGUCCUCCUCGCAAAAUGCGGAGAAUCCGAAACAUUCCAGCCCCGAAAGAUCCGCCGGCUGUUGGUCCGCGUUUUGUUGAUCACACACCCUGCCGCACUCCAAUGUACAACUACGUUCUGAGCCAUUUCGAACAACUGGACCCUCAUCCAACUGGUUGGGAGGUGGACCUCUGUUGUACGUUCUUUAGUUCCGUACAUGUCCAUCCACCCACGCCCACUCUCAUGGAAGUUCAACGACACAUGGAACUGGACAACGUAUGCAGCACUAUGUCCGCAUAUACCUAAGGUACCUAAAGCCGGGAUGCGCAUUUGUGUGAAGGUUCACAUUCUGUUCGAAUGAUGGAAGCCCGGCAUCUUUUGUGAGGGGCGGAAUGGCCGACCGAGAGCAGUUCAAUGGCUUCUCCAAUGUUGCUAUGCAUGAUUCUUUCAUGCACGCCUUGAAGCUCGGCCCCCCAUGCUGCCCUUGAAAAUGGUGGUUGGCUCAACCUUCUUGCUUCUGCAACGUUGGCGCCUUGUUCACGACUAAGCUACUACGAUCGAUGCUCGAUGAGUGGAGCAUGGUGGGCUUAAGAGCUCGGGCCACUAACGCUGUACAACGUACUGUAUUUCUCGAGCCCUUCUCCAGAAAUCGGAGGAUCAAUGGAUGCUAAUGCUGCAAGGGUGGUGCAGGUGGUGGGGAGAGCUUGUCGAAGUCUCUUUCCACCACCACAUCCAUCCACAGGAUGCCAUCCACUUGCCUGCCUUUGCAGACCACCACCAUGGUUCAUUCGCAGAAAGACACACCUUGCCUACCAACCAUUUUGACUGCUGUCAGCGGAGACUUGGUGCUGUCAUAGACCCUCCGUGUGUGGCGUCAACCACCUGGGUCCCUCGCUCGAACACAUCCCGCCUGUCCUCAACUGCUACGGUCAAAGUGACUUCUCCUCGGGCCAUUUUGUGAGUUGCUGAUCCCGGCGUUGAGUACCACUCAUCUGGUUCUGAGAGAGCUACCUUGAAUGAAGCUCUGUGCUCCCGUUCCCAAAAGGCUAGCACCGUCUUCCAUGUCGUUCCACCAGCCAAUUGCUCCUCGAGACGAGCUGGAAUGAACCGUCCAUUGGACAACUAGGUUGGAAUGUCGACCUCACCACGUCCAUCCCACACCUCUCUGAGACAUGCAUGCAUGCAUACCCGGCAAUCUACGCAAGAAAUGGCUAGAUUCGGGUAAGAUGCUCUUCAUUGAGUGGACUGACUGAGAAGCUAGUCGAGCUGCAUGUGAAUGAACGGACUCUGAUAUGAUGUCUACCCCGACGAGAAUUCACCGUCAAAAGACAAUUUACAAUACGAACAGGCCAGCGGCGUUACGAGCUGAUUUCUUACAAGCUAGUAAUAAUUAUUUCCACAGCCUCGUCCAUUACACCCGCGGACUAUCAUUCAUAAAGCAGCCACAAGAUUUUACCAUCGACGUCAUUCCUCUUGUCAAAAUGUCUCAGCUCCCAUGGAAGUUGAGGGCAGUCCCAGCCGCAUGAUUCCUCGGUUUCCAGAACUCGGACCCAAUGCUGCACUGGUCAAGUCCGAGUCUCAGAGAUUGAGUUGCUUGCCGUUUGGACUCGCUGCUUGCAACGCUGUUUGACCCCGACGCAAUCGACUAGGUGCGUACCACCUGCUACCUACCUUAGGCACUACGAUCACCUCGUACUUCCCAUAGUUCCAUGACCUCUCAGCCAGCAUUAAUGCUUCAUGCUUUUUAUUUGAAACCUUACAAAACCACCUUCCUACCACCUGGUAUACUACAUCAUGCAAUAAACUUGGAAAGAAUGUGAAACAGUGUGCACUGAUCUGAUUACUACCUGAAUUCGGUAAUAUCGAUUAAUUAUGCUCCCAUAGCUCAAGGUGGACAAUAAUCACACCCGUCAGGACAGUGGGAAAUGCAAUGCAGCAGCAUUGCAAAACUAUUUACAUGACUUUGCUUCGAAAAGGCCCGUUUUUCUGUCCAAUCUUCUCGUGGCAAACGACCUGGCUGACUGGCUGGCCGAGGGUUUUUCGGGUUGCAGCAGAAAGAAAACUAUGUCAUGAACCCACUCCAUGCAAGCUUAGGUAGCCAAGCCAAGGUAUUUCCUCCGAGUUGAGUACCUUGGUAACAAGAGAAAGGGACAAUUGAAACCAGAAACCCAUGCCGCAAUGCAAUGCAAUCUGAACGCAACACUUUUUCCAAGGGAGUGUGAUUAGUCGAAAGGAAUGGUGGUGCUGUAUGCCGGAAACCCAUGAGGUCGAGAAAAAGGCAAGACGACGACGAAGAAGCUAAGCCGCAUGGUAGGCUGCAGUGUGGAACUUCUCAGAGAAGUACAAUGGCGCCGGCAAUACCAGCGACUACUGCCAGACUUCCGGAGAAACCGUCGCGAUUGGCGGCACCAGUGUAUGGGGCGACCGCGGCGGAAGUGGUACCGCUGGCUGCUGCGACGGUGGCGGUGCCUGCCUGUGGCUGACCGUCUGAGAUCUGGGUGACUGGAGCGCCUGUAGCAGCUUGGGGCUGGCCGUCAGAAAUCUGGGUGACUGGAGCACCGGUCGCUGCCUGUGGUUGGCCGUCGGAAAUCUGGGUUACUGGUGCACCAGUGGCAGCUUGAGGCUGGCCAUCAGAAAUCUGAGAAACAGGGGCGCCGGUUGGAGCCUGCGGUUGACCGUCCCAGAUUUGCGAGACGGGGGCGCCGGUUGGGGCUUGAGGUUGACCGUCCGAGAUUUGCGAUACUGGAGUACCAGUAGCCUUAGGUGCCUGGGGCUGGCCAUCAGAGAUCUGAGAAACCGGAGUACCUGUAGCCGCUUGCGGUUGCCCAUCCGAAAUCUGUGAGACAGGGGCGCCGGUUGGGGCUUGAGGUUGACCGUCCGAGAUCUGAGAAACUGGGGUGCCUGUUGCCUUGGGGGCCUGCGGCUGACCAUCUGAGAUUUGCGAGACUGGAGUGCCUGUGGCAGCUUGUGGUUGACCGUCCGAAAUCUGCGAGACAGGGGCACCAGUAGUAGCCUUGGGGGCCUGAGGCUGGCCAUCAGAGAUUUGAGAGACAGGAGUGCCGGUAGCAGCUUGAGGCUGGCCGUCGGAAAUCUGCGUAACAGGAGCUCCAGUGGCAGCUUGAGGUUGACCGUCAGAGAUCUGGGUGACCGGAGCUCCAGUGGCGGCUUGGGGUUGGCCAUCGCUGAUCCUGCAAGGAGAGAAGAGAGGUUAGUAUAUCUGCAAUAACAGCAAGAACUUGGUACCGGUGCUUCUCCAUCUUAAUCCGAAUCGCAUCUAGUCAAGCCGGCCUUGUAGUUUGUCACGAAUCUCCCAACAGAUCAAAGACCGUACUGCGUGAUAACAAACUCAACGGUACGACGGACAGCGACGGUGGUGAGGGAAGGGGGCGAAGGUAGGAUAUGAGGACGGUGACGGGUGAUGUAAAGGUCGGUGAAACUUACUGAGUCAC